CAGUCAGACAGCGAUGUGCGCCUGAGGAGCAGAGGCUUCUGUGCAGAGAGAAUGAGCAUCUUCACAGAGCAGCUCUGCUGGGAGUGUCGAUCCUGAUCUGAGAGGAGACCUGAAUCCGUCAUCGCUCCGCAUCUCCUAUCCAACCGUUUAUAUGAGCGGUUCAACGUUUUGAAUUAUUUGGAGAAAACAAUCUUCCCUUUGAAGGAGCGGCUUUGUCAUCAUGUCAACACCAGACCAGACCAGUUUGCUCCUGUGGUGCAACAUGACUGAUUACGAGGAUUUCCUCCAGCCAGGAGGGCAGUCCAACGUAUCUGACAGCCACCAGCUGAACCUCACCAGCGUGAUCGUGUCGGUGGUCUUCUCCCUCAUCUUCCUGCUGGGCACCGUGGGGAACAGCCUGGUGCUGGCCGUGCUGCUGCGGAGCGGACAGGUCGGAUACAACACCACCAAUCUGUUCAUUCUCAACCUGAGCGUGGCCGACUUCUUCUUCAUCAUCUUCUGCGUCCCUUUCCAAGCCACCAUCUACUCUCUGGAAGGCUGGGUGUUUGGCUCCUUCAUGUGCAAGGUGGUCCAUUUCUUCAUCAACCUCACCAUGUACGCCAGCAGCUUCACGCUGGCUGCCGUGUCCGUCGAUAGGUAUCUGGCCAUUCGCUAUCCGCUCCGCUCCAGAGAACUUAGAACCCCUUGUAAUGCAGUGGUGGCCAUGGUGGUCAUUUGGGGUCUUUCGCUGGUGUUUGCAGGUCCGUAUCUCAGCUACUAUGACCUGAUCGAUUACGCCAACAGUACUGUCUGCAUUCCCGGCUGGGAGGAGCAAAACCGCAAGGUGCUGGACACAUGCACUUUCCUGUUCGGCUACGUCAUCCCCGUCUUGAUCGUGAGUCUGUCUUACACUCGGACCAUCAAGUAUCUGUGGACCGCCGUCGACCCUCUGGACGGCAUGUCGGAAUCCAAGAGGGCCAAGCGCAAGGUCACCAAAAUGAUCAUCAUCGUCACCGUGCUCUUCUGCAUCUGCUGGCUGCCGUACCACGUGGUGAUCCUGUGCUAUCUGUACGGAGACUUCCCGUUCAACGAGACCACGUACGCCUUCAGGCUCCUCUCUCACUGCAUGGCCUACGCCAACUCCUGCGUCAACCCCAUCGUUUACGCCCUGGUGUCCAAGCACUUUCGCAAAGGCUUCAAGAAGGUCUUCAGCUGCAUCCUCAUCAAAAACGGGAGAAAUAAGGUUCACGUGGUUCACGUCGCCAACACCGGGCGUGGGUUCGAAGCCGGCUCCACGGAGGUGUCGCAGAUGAACGAGGAGAACGUGCGACAAAAUGAAUGUGAAAUGAUCAACAGGCCGAGGCCGGUGGAGCCGAGAGAAGCGACGGUGACGCUCAAUUUGCCCUUCCAGCACCAGACUUGAUCAGCAAUCCCGUUUGGCUGACGGGUUAAGUGAAAAACUCUGUAGUUACUAUUAUUUUAUUUUUUUAAAGUGAGUUCCCUUCAUAAUAUUUACCUGUUUGGGGGCAAACUCGAAUGCCAGCAGAAAUGAUGUGUUUUUUGCAGAGAUGGAGCACUCUGGCCAACAACACAGAUUCACUCCACAAAAACUCUGUGUGGAGGAGCACGAGUGUCCAAGAGUGUCCAAGAGUCACUAUUCAAAACAAUCAAGAUGGCUGCAGAUGUGCUAAUAACACCUUGGAUUAAGUGUUUAGUGAUAACAUUCACUGGCGCUCCUACUCCACCGCACGCCGCUCAGGAUGUCUGGUGCCGAUGCAAGUCAGUUGUCGCUGGUUCCAUGUCUGUCCAACAGCAUCCAGAUGAAGUUUCCUCUGUGUCCAUUUGCACUGCUCCCUGAAAGUCAACGUCUAAUCCAGCCAGACCAACCCGACUAAUUCCUCCGAUCAAAGAGGGAAAGAACUAGGCUGGCGCCCCGGGCUAGAGACAGACUGAUAAAGAGGAUGUCGACAGCCAAACCAUUUUGAUUUCUUGAUUCAUAUCAACAUUUUAUCCCAUUUUAAUCAUCCUAUUUUUGAAUGUUGCAAAGACGAGUUUACAUAUUUGCCUUAACUUUGGCUUGUACUUUCAUUAAAGUUUACUCCACUGCUUUCACAAGGACCACAUGGAUGUGUUACUGCAUAUUUCAAGCUUGUAUUCGUUUGAAAAGGCCCCAAAGGGGUUCCUGUGGAGCAUUUGUUGUUCUGUCGGGGUUCUGUUUAACAAACGCAUGCAGCACAGCGCAGGGCAUGCACAUAGCACAAGGGCUAUGCUAUUCUCCAGUUAUCUCCAAUCUGCACCGUUUUAGGAUUUCCUACAAUAUCUUUGAGUGUAGCUUCGAUGUUCAUCAACUUUAACCUCUCAUGUGGUCGGCACAGGAAAACAGCAGCAGCUGUAAUCAGUCUUAUUUAACCUCUCUGACUCGUUCUGAAACCGCUCAUUGAUUACCGCGGUCGUAGCUUUUGUGGAGCAGGGUGUUUGCUUUGUAUCUUGCAUGCAGAUGCUGUUCUGUCGCGUCAGGGUUUGUUUGUAUAAUUAAAAUGGUGUACUUGAUGUAAACAAUGCAAAAACAGUGAUAUAUACAAUUCAGUUUUUUACCUGCAUUAAGGAGCUAUAAAAUCACUCUGGAAUACUUUAUUGUGUGUAAACUGUCAGUUUUAAAAAGGAACAUAAAGACCAAACAGAAAACUGAUCCAUUUUAUACACUGUAAAAACAACCUUGCUAGAAAUAAGCCCAAUAUUCCAUGAAUCUUGUCAAAAUGAUUUUGUUUUAAGCAAAAAUAUGUUUGCCAAUGGGGUAAGAAAAAUGUUCUUGACUAGAAUUUGUAAAAAGUUUUCUUGAAACAAGACUCACUUUUUGCAGUGUAAGUCAAAGAGUUUCUGGUGUGUGACUUGCAGAAGUACUUCACAAAUGUUCUUGCUGAACUUGUAUUUUUGCAAUGAUUGUAUUAACGGCAUGUUUCUCUUUGAUGUAAUUUAUUAGAUAUUUAACAUGUUUAUCAAUGAGUGCACUUAUACGUCUAAUAGUUAUAUAUUUGAAAUGUGUGUGUUGAAUAACUUAAAAGCUGUGAAACGGUAAUCAUGCUUUUGCAGAUUUUUUUUAACCAAACGCAAGACAUCUCAGUUUCUCAUUUGCUUGGCUGUGAUCUUGUGUCCUACCUCAGAGCUGUAAAAAGCCUCUCGUCUGUGGCAUGUUCACUAUUUUCAGUAAAAUGCAAUUUUUCUCUUGAAGAUUAUUUUCCAGCCAGAAACAUUUUCCUUUGUGCUUUUUUUUUCCCUCCUGUGUUUCGACCACUGCACAUGUGCUAAAUAUUUAAAUAUGUUUCUCUUCAUGUUUUGUCAAUGAGACCUUUCAGUGACUCUGCAGAUC